GAGAGAAACAAUUUACUGAUGAAAAUGGCUCUACAUCAGUAUGCAUGUGGCAUCACUGUGAUGAUCAUUCUUCUCUCCAGAGGAAUUAAUUCAGAACCUGCCUGUGCCAGGUCUCCAAUCAACAGCAGGAUCCUAGGAGGGCAAGAUGCCUCUCCAGGAGCUUGGCCAUGGCAUGUCACUCUUACCCACCGUGGCUGGGUCUUUUGUCAAGGCUCGCUGAUCACAGAUCAGUGGGUUCUGACAGCUGCCCAUUGCUCAAGAAGAUCUUACCUCAGUGGUGCAGUUUUGCACUUGGGUGCAAACAACCAGUCAAGAUAUGGGGAAGAAACUAGGAGAGUUGACUCAAUCGUCUGCCAUCAAGAUUACGAAACUGACUAUUAUGACGGUGAGAAUGACAUCUGUCUUGUAAAGAUGUCAGCUCCUGUAAACUUCACAGACUACAUCCAACCGGUCUGCUUGGCCUCAGAAGAUAGUACUUUCUAUGAUGGAACUGCCAGCUGGGUCACUGGUUUUGGCUCAAAUGAACACUAUUAUUAUCCUGAUACUUUCCAGGAAGUUGAUGUAUCAGUUUUUGGGAACAAUAAAUGCAGCUGCUUCUACAGAAACUCCUACUACUACUGGAACAACCGCCGUUCAAUAACAGAGAACAUGAUGUGUGCUGGAAGUGAAAAUGGAUCAAAGACUGCAUAUUAUGAUGACGAGGGGGCAGCUCUAGUGACCAAAAAAGACUCCACCUGGGUCCAAAGUGGGAUUGUGAGUUAUGUUUAUGGUCAUUACCUCGGUCGACCUACCAUCUACACUCGUGUGUCCCAGUACCAGAAAUGGAUCAGCGACAGAGUCACUGGCAUGGAACCAGGAUUUGUUACCUUCAUCUCCCCAGGCAACGACACGGACUUGAACUUCACCUGUCCCACAACACCAGCUACAACUUCCACUCACUAUCCUGAUACCACACACUACCCUUAUCCCACACAUCACCCAUAUGCCACAUAUUACAGUCACUCUACCACUGAUGAAAGCAUAUUUAACAGUGGCAAAGCUCUGAUUCCCAUCACUCACUUCUUCUAUCUCUCUGUUCUUGUUCUUCAUGUCUUUUUUUGUGCCACAGAUAUCUGACUUAGGACUUUUAGUCAAGCUGCAGUCAAGAUCUUUACCUUCAAAAGUUGUCUUCUUGACACUCAAUAUGUGAAAUAGUGACACUAUACUCUGCUGGACUGUUCAUGUCUGGAACUUUCUUUUUGAAAAAAUAGGCAGAAAAUCAAGGGUGAAAUAGGUUACGGAUUUAAGAUGUUAUAAUUUUGAAAAAAAAAA